AUGCCUGCCGCCGGUAUCCACCACUCUCGCAGAAAGAGCCGCAAGGCUCAUUUCUCUGCUCCCUCAUCGGUGCGCCGCAACAUCAUGAGCGCCCCUUUGUCCAAGGAGCUCCGUGAGCAGUACAAUGUCCGCUCCAUCCCCAUCCGAAAGGACGAUGAGGUCACCAUUGUUCGUGGCAGCAACAAGGGCCGUGAGGGCAAGGUCACUUCCGUCUACCGUCUCAAGUACGUCAUCCACAUCGAGCGUAUCACCCGCGACAAGGCCUCCGGCCAGUCCGUCCCUCUGGGCAUCCACCCCUCCAAGGUCGUCAUCACCAAGCUCAAGCUUGACAAGGAUCGUGAGGCCAUAUUGGAGCGCAUCAAGGUCGGCCGUGAGCUGCGUGCCAAGCAGCAGAAGGCAUAA